CUGAACAGGCGCUUGCCUCCUAAAGCCGGCAGCAGGCGGGGAGAAGUCAGCCACUGUACAGCAGAGCUGCACUCUCAGUCCUCCCUGAGCAUUUGGGCUUCAGACAGGGAGAAGAUAGGAAGAAGCAGCACAGGAGGAGAGGGAAUCAAUCAAUUAAAGAAGAAGAAGAAGAAGAAGGGGGAAUCUGUGGAAUGGCACUGGUGCAUGGGACCUGCAGCAGAAACAUGGAGCGGUCUGAGCGCGAUCUGAAGGGAAAGUCCAAGAGGAAGAGGAGGAGGAGGUGCAAAGGCAAAGAACGAGUCAAUAUGUUAUCAACCCUCAUCGGCCCCAUAGGACACUGGGAUACUGGAGCAUCAUCAGCUGAGGAUGCCGACAGUUUAAGUACAAGCAGUUUGGAGGUGAAAGAGAACGAAGACGACAAAAGCCAGGUGGACUGUGACCUACUACGGAAGUAUCAUCCGUCAACCUUUUGCGCAACUUUCCCCAAACGCGGACCGAGAGCUCUGAAGAGGAAACAGCCACUGGCGGAUGGGAAAGACCAAAACCACUUGACUUGUAAGAGAGCAGCCUGGGCUGUCGCUCACAAGAACGCGCUGGUCCAGCUGAACGAGCUACGACCCGGUCUGCGGUAUGAGAUCAUGUCAAAGACUGGCCCACUGCAUGCUCCAGUGUUUUCUGUGGGCGUGGAGGUCAAUGGUUUCCACUUCGAGGGCAGAGGACCAACAAAAAAGCAGGCCAAGAUGAGGGCGGCAGAACUGGCUCUCCGCUCGUUCAUCCAGUUCCCAAACGCCUCCCAGGCUCACGCCUCCAUGGGGAACUUCACCAGCACUCCAGCAGAUUUUACAGCGGAUAAACUGGACAUCCCUGACGCAUUCCUUAAAGAGUUUGAGCCAUCGAUGUUUGAAAACUGUGAUCUCCUGCACUGCAACACAGCAAAAAAUGAGGUUUUCUACAGCAUUUACAACCACAGACGACUUGUGCGACUCACAAUGGACUUCUUCUCAACCAAUCCAAAAAGACAAGCCCUUAGCAGCUCACUUCUAGGGCACCUCAGCCCAGUGGCGCUGCUCAACGAGCUGCGACCAGGACUCAGGUACAUGUGCCUGACGGAGAGGGUUCAUGGCAGGCCAAUGAGGAGAUUUGUUAUGGUGGUGAGGGUGGAGGGGAGGGUUUUUGAAGGGUGUGGCCACAGUAAAAGACUGGCCAAGGCUCAGGCGGCAGCUGCCGCCCUGCAGUCCAUUUACAACGUAACUCUGGGACCGGAGAGGAAGGGGAUGGGCCUCCACGGCAGCAGAGCCAAACAUCAGCUACCUCAGUUCUUUGCAGAGUCGAUUUUCCACCUGGUGAGAGAGAAAUACUCAGAGCUGACAGACGGCUGUUUCUCUACCUCCUCACAAGCCCGCCACAAGGUCCUGGCAGGGAUUGUAAUGACCAGAGGGUUUGACCUCAGAUCGGCGCAGGUUGUGUCUCUGGCUACGGGGACUAAGUGUCUGGACUCAGACAACGUGAGUGACCACGGCGGUACGCUCAGCGACUGCCACGCUGAAGUCGUAAGCCGGAGGGCGCUGGUUCGAUUCCUGUACGCUCAGCUGGAGCUGCUGCUCCGCGAGCCAGCAGACAGUGAGGAACAAUCGAUCUUCGUACCAAAUAAAGGCGGCGGUGGGUUCCGACUGCAGGACGGCGUCCUCUUCCACAUGUACGUCAGCUCAUCGCCGUGUGGAGACGCUCGACUCAACUGUCCCUACGAGACCACAGCUGCAUAUCCCAGCAGAAGGUUCCACUGUCACCUCAGGGUGAAGGUGGACGGAGGCGAGGGGACGCUGCCCAUCACAGCGCCAAUGGCCAAUGUGAACCGGACCGGUGUGGCGCAGGGCAAACCUCCCGUCACCAUGUCCUGCACUGACAAGAUGGCAAAGUGGAGCGUUGUGGGCCUCCAGGGGGCCCUCCUGUCUCACUUGGUGGAGCCAGUUUACCUGCACAGCCUGACAGUGGGGACGCUCAACCACACGGGUCACCUGGGCCGGGCCAUGGCACGGCGCCUCGCACCCGUCAAGAACCUGCUCUUCCCGUACCGACGACAGCAACUGCUGCUCGGCUGUCUGAACAGCAGCGAGGUUCGGCCGACAGGGAAGGCGCCAAACGUCAGCAUGAACUGGAGCUGCGGUGACGGAGGCCUGGAGGAGAUCAGCACCUCCACAGGAAGGAGGAAGGACUCAGGGACACCGUCACAGCUCUGCAAGCGCUCCAUGUUCGCACGCUGGCAGAGGCUGCAGCAGCAGUUUCAGUUUAAUGCUGCAGACACCACUCCAGGGACAUAUUCUGCUUCCAAGAUGGCUGCCGGACACUACCAAAGGGCGAUGCAGCAGUUUACCAGCGCUCUGCAGGGUGGGGGGCUGGGAUCAUGGCUCAGAAAACCCCCAGAACUAGGUCACUUCAACGUCAGUGUGUGAAAAACUGUUUAAAGCUGAAUAUGGAGGGUUAGAGUGAAGUUCAUGUAUGUUUUUCUUUGAGUGAAUGAGGUACCAAGAAUGUGACACUAGAUAGAGAAAGUUGGUAACUUUAUCUCUAUUUAUGAGAAAUGAUUAACUAACUAGCUAACUAGCUAACUAGCUAACUUGCUAGCUGCAAGCUUAAACCUUAACAACCACAUCACUGUAGCCACUUAGCUUACUAGCUAGCUCACUGGAGUAAUAUUGAAGAUAUUUUCUUUAACUAAGCAAUAUACAGUGUUUGGGUAAAAUUUAAAUAAUCGCAAUAGUGUCCUCACUUAUAAGAUCUAAAUCCCAUUUUGGUCCUCACAAACACUAUAAUAAAGAAGCGCAUACACACACAAAAAACUUGUUUUUGUUACUUAGGAGGACAUUGCAUUGACUUAUAUCAAUGAAAGAUCAAUGAAUAUAUUGGGGACUUACCCUAACCUUAACCGUAACCACUACAUGACUAACUUCGAUGACUAACUAAUCUAAACUCAACCAAAAACCAAGUCUCAACCCUAACAUUUAAAUGGUUUACCUUGCGGGGACCAGAUUUUUGUCAACCAUGGCGAGUCCCCACAGUGUAAUGGUGUGUGUCCAUUGUCUGCGUAAUUUCCCCGCUUCCCAUUCAUCUCUAUGGGAGCAGCCAUGCAAUGCAUUCUGGUAGCGAUGCGUGGACUUUGGACAAGUGGGUCGCCCGCUCCUCAUUUGCAUAAAGUUGAAUCCAGCCAGCUUUAUGCAAAUGAGGAGCGGCCGGCUCGGCUUGCCGCCUCUCAAAAGAUGAAGACAAAAAUCUUUUAAACUCCGCUUUAUCAAUCUGAAAUGAAUACAGAUUCAACAACUGCAUGGCCUAUUUCUUGCUAAAAAUGUUUUCAGAAACCUGUUUCGGUGAACUAUUUUCGUAAAAUAAGAGCGUAUUCAGAACAAGCUGCUAUUAUGGUCAGUUUUGAAAUCCUGGAGCAGACAGAUCCACUUGAUGCGUUUGUCCAAUCAGCUGCAGCCAUCGCAGUUGUAGGAGGGUGUUGACGGUUUUCUUUCCUUUGUCAGCGGUCAGCAUAGACGUUAAUAUUAGUCUAGGGUGGUCAGUGAAGAGAAACUGGUGGCGAGCCCACUAGCGUGCAAUGCUGGGAAGGGGUGCGAACCCAUCCGUGAAAACGUGUAUAUGUACACCCACCAUAACUGUGCGAGCAGAUUUACCUCCCCUUCACAACAGCUUCUGUUUUUUUUUUUAUAUUGAACUCAAAUUUUGAUUUUGUUGUAACUUAUUUGUGUUGACUUUUUGAAAAUGUGUGUUCUGUUGUUUCAGUUAUGUAACUUUGAUGUAACUGUAUGUCUCACCUGUUCAAUUAUGUUAGUUUUUCACCCUUCAUUUUUUUUUUUAAACAGUGUUGGGGAGUGCCAGUGUACAGUAUAUGAGGCUCAGGAGUGAAGGCCUGCUGCCCCCUAGAGGGAUACUGUGUGCGUUACAAGAUGGAGAGUUUGUUUGGUGCGUUUCCCUUUAUUUCCUGCCCUCUAGAUUUCUUCCAAUUAUCUCUUUAAAUAAUUAAUGUAAAUUACAAAUACCCCAAAGGCUUCCAUUUCUCUGAAAUUUUUUUAUUCCUGUGUAGUCAGUGUCUCUUGGUGUUUAUUUACAGUUUUCUGAGGUAAGGAAUGUAAAAGAGUACUUCUACUGAAAGGUACGACUGGUGUGGAAUGCUAUGUAAAGUUUUAUUAUUAGGUAUGCAGAAUGUGUGUAGUCGAUAUUGGUCAUGACUAUUUUUAUCACUGGGAAUAAAUUAUCCUAUUUGUGUUA